AACGCUUAUGCCAGAUUGACCAUGUGUAGCCUAGCCCUAUACAGUAGAAAUAGUUAUCUCGUAAAAACCACUAGGUAGCGUUAAAAUGCUCAUGUAGCGGAAGAAUUGCGGCUUUCAACCCGACAUAAAAACCCGAAUGUAGGCCUCACACACACACAAAACAGUAAGGUUCAGUCAUAUGACUGACUCACAGGAAGAUCUUUGGUCGUGAGGUUUAAGUGGGCAGAGCAUAGAAGUCCUACACAUCACGGAUUCCUGCCUGAACUGGGAAAUGUCCUAACUCCUGUGUAUUGAAGGAUAUUCCAUUGAAAGUCGGAGCGCAGCAUACACAUAAAAGUGAAAGGAACGUAAAACACAACUUUUUAUUUUGCAACAAACAAAUGUAGCGGGCACUCAAACCGGUUUCACGGGGAGGAAUGUUUGUGUUUUACACUUCGUGUCGUUAGUGAGAAUAUACAUCAUGGACACUCUACAGGAGAACGGGCUACCGCACUCACCUGCACUCGAUAUUCCCGGUCGUGAAAGUACCGCCAAAGAACUCGGGGUAUGUGGGACUCCCCUUAUUAAAACAAAGGGCAAUAAUGGAACAACGGAAAGAAGUUCACCUGCCAAUCAUGUCACGGCGGAGUUUGGCAACCAGCAGUUGUACCAAGGACCAUUGGUAAACGCUCCUGCUCCUUCCACGACACCUCUCGGGUUACCUGGCGUUAUGGACGUAGAAGGGAGAGUGGACGAGUCCAGGCUGCUGAUGCACAUUUUCAAGAAUGGUGGUGUAUCCCCUUCGGAGCGUGGCCAGGUGUGGCGUUUCCUGUUCGGGAUGUACCCCUGCAGCUCCACCUCUCUGGAGCGCCCCCUACUGCAGGAGCAGCUCAACGUCCGCUACCACUCCAUGAAGAGGAAGUGGCAGCAGCUUUUUCCUGCCGCCGUCCGACUGUGUAUAAAUGGCACCGAUGCUGAGUUGGUGGCAGCGGUGCGGUACUACGAUGUGAGGUAGGACAGGGUCCAGCUGCAGGCUCAGAACCAGAGUGAUGAGGUCAGGGAGAGGCUGUCCUUCCUGGAGCUACAGGCCCAGGGGUGAAGGCUUGGGCAAUCUGCUGGUGUUGAGGGAUAUUCUCAUCACAUAUGCUGCUUUUCACCCAGAGGUAAGCUAUGCCCAGGGGAUGAAUGACCUUUGUAGCCGAUUCCUGGAGGUGCUGGACUCUGAGGUGGACACCUACUGGAGCUUCUCCUGCUACAUGGAGAAGUUCUCCAAGGACUUCCGCGCUGACGGCCUGCACAGGAAGAUAGAGCUGGAGGCAGCACUGCUGAAGGAGUUGGACCCUCAGCUCCACACCCACCUGAUCACAGAUAGCAUGGAGAGUUUCACCUUCUGUCACAGAUGGCUGCUGCUGGGUUUCCAAAGAGAGUUUGAGCACUGUGAUGCCCUGCGUCUCUUUGAGAUCCUGAGCUGUGACCACCUGGAGCUCAUCUCCCAGCAGGUGGACCGCGCCCGCUACCAGGAGAGGAUCGCUCGCAGGCACAGUCGAGAGGAUAAACCAGUGUCUGAGGCACAGGCCGUCAACACGGAAUUCACCUUUGAACUCUUCAUCUGUGCCACCAUAUUAUUGGACAACAGAGAUGCCCUGCUGAGCUGUAGGAACGACGUGCAGCUCAUCCAGUUCACCAAUAGUUUGCAGGGAACUCUGGACCUGAACCUCACACUGAAGAAAGCAGAGGAGCAUUUCUACAACUACUGUAAGCGCUCUGCUUGGGACUAUAUGAAUGGCCGCUGCAGGACAAGUAAAAACAAGGAGGACCACUUCUUGUUCCAGCUCCGCAGCUUCUUCUCCUGAACUCAGAUCAGUCCUUAACUUAACCUCUUGAACAUUCAGCUACAACCUGUAGUAACUGUGGGGUGGACUCAAAACAAGGGACAUAUUUCCUAAGAGGAGUGUGUACUAUUUACAUGUCUUGUCCACUAACGUUGAAGUAUUAAUAUUGCUGUGGGAUCUACCUAGGACUAUGAUGUGUCCAAAAGGAGUUCUCACCCUUGAUCUGAGAUUCAACUACAUAAUAUGUGAUACUACUGGAAGAAAACAAGUCUUGGAACUGCAUCAAGACCACUGAAAAAUUGCAUGUAGCAACAGUUUGCAUGUGUUGUGACUCCCUGGUGAUUGGUAAACAUAGAAAUAGAAUUAUGGGGAUGCCUGUUCUAGUCAGUCUAUUUCCAAGGAUAUAAAGAGGAUGCCAGCUGCUGACCUAUGUGUCAUAGUGGACCUGUGUGACCGGAGUAGCUGCUCAUUGGUUCAGUUCCGAGAGAGAGCCGGGAGGUGGGGUCAGGUUCGAUUAGUUCUACAAGAUCCCUCAGCCCUGGCUGCAUUUUAAGACCGUACUUGUGUGUCACCUCUCCUGAAAUAGCUCAGAGUAUGGACAGGAGAUCCCUCUGGAAAUCCCUAAACAUUGACGAGUAGCACGUUUAGCAUUGUGCCACAUUGCCAACACAGUGGCAUACUGCAGUUUUAUAGCUAGUCCCAAUCUAUUCUACACAUUUUGCCAUGACGCGUGUGAAUAUUU